AUGUCUUCCAAAGAUCGUGACGUCGACGCCGUCGACGACCUUGACAGGCUUCGCGAGAAGAAGACCUCCCGCAGCAAGUCGGAGCGCAGCCUCAGGUCUGACAAGGAUCGCUCUCACCGCGUGAGCUCGCGCUCUUCCAAAUCCAAGCUCGACGGCAGCGGCCUCGGUAGCGAUACCCACUCCCACUCUCACCGCCGCCACCGUACCCGCGAAGAAAAGGACCGCGACCGCGAACGAGAUAGAGACCGAGACCGAGACCGCGGCCACGAUCGCUCCUCCUCCAUGACCGACCUCGUCCCCGAGUUCGCGAGGACCUCCCUCACCGGCCCUGCCUCUACCGACCGCGUCUCGAUGCCUUACCCGACCUUCAGCAAGGCCCACAGCAAGGAGGCCGUCCGCAGCAAAGACGACGUAUCUGCCUCUGCCGCCGGCGCAAAGAUGAAGGACCCCUUCACCCCCGAGGCGACAGACCUGGGACAGAGCGAUGUCCACCGCUCCAAGAGCGUCAAUGACUCCGAAAAGCGCAAGGUCUCGUCAAAGGAGUCGAGGCCGCCGAGUCCUCCCGAGACUGACCUGUCAGACAAGAGACGAUCUGAGACACCCGAGUCGUCGAAGAAGGAGAGAGAGGAGCGGUCGAGUUCGAGAUUGAGUGGUGACAAAAAGGACAGAGGCAGCAGGCCCAGCUCGCGACUGAGCGGCCUUUCCAGGUCGGGUUCCAGAGCCGACGAGAGAUCCCGAGUGAGCUUCAAGUCCAAGACUAGCAGUCAGGCGACGUACGUGAAGUCGCCGGCUUUCCCGCCCGGUGUACAGGAGAGCCUCAACAUCAAGCCCACCGCUUCCAGGUCCUCCUCGAAACGAAGCUCAUCAAGUAAGAAGAGCAGACGAUUGGACACCCAAGAUGGUGACUCGUCGCCCGAGAGCGUCCAGGACUCAUCCCCAAAGACCCCGACAGCCUCGCAGCCCCCGAACUACCCUCCGCCACUGCCCCCAUUCCAGAAGCCUCAGCCUGGACUCGCACAAGUAUAUGCCGACGAGAUUACUCCUUCUGGCACACCUGCUACUGACUUUGGCGGUGCUCCUCCGCCUCCGCCACCACCGCCGCCUUUGGAUGUUCAGGAAGCGCCCAGAGUCGACUACCUCUUGCAAAACGGCGGAUUGCUUCAACCUUUGCCCAAGAACUUCCUCGCGGUCCUUCCCCGACAGAACGGGGCUCGGCCAUCUAACCCUCCUCUGGUGGGCGCGCAGACACUGUUUGCGCCUUUCUUCAAUCUUUUGGAUCAGUACAAUUCGGUUCUUAGCAGAAACGGCUCAGUGGCUGUCGCGACUGGCCAUCGAUCGGUCGCCCGCAGACUGCUCGACCGUCUCGAGAACGUAUUUUCCCGAGAGCUUCCCGAAUACGGCUGCACAUGUCUCGUCUGCGAGAGAGGCCCUGAUAUCCAGCACCGGGGCUUGGGCUGGGGAGAAGUCCUCGAGUGGGUUAGCGGCCGCAUCGAGCUUCCACAAUGGCCCCCCUUCGACCUGGCCAGCCUGGGCUCCAACGCCGCGGACACCGCAGCAGACCUGCCCCCUCGGCCAGACUCGCCCAUCAAGAUCGAUCCUGAUAUUGCUGAAGAGUUCCGCGAGCACUACCUCCAACGAUCUAAGAAGGUCAGAGGAGCGGUAGACAAGUGGCUGAACAACUGCGGCGACUCGACCGCGCCGACGCCGCAGGACGUCGAUGACGACACCCUUACCUUCGCCAUGCUCACAAACUUGGACCCCGAAGACCAACCAUACUUUAAUGCCAUUCUCACCGGCUCCAACCACCUCAAGCCGACUACAAGAGCCCCGACACCUUCUCACCGUGCUCGCCCCGACUUCAUCAUCAAGGCUGGUCUGUCGCUGCAGCGCCUGUACCGCCUGCAGCAGGUUCCUCGGGAUGCCGAGGUCGCGAUGUGGCUCGUCAAGAACCCCCACACCCACGAUCUCAUCGUCACCAUGUCCGAUAUCAACACCCAGGAAUGGGAAAUCCUGACGUCGGGAAGAUUCGAUGGCUUCCUCUGGUCCGGCGCCGAUGCCGACGACGCCACCCCGACGGCCGAGUCUCGUGGCGCUACUCCCGCGAGCAACUUCUUCCCGUCCAGGCCAUCUACAGGAGGCCCCAUGUCGCGGAACGCGACUCCCUACUCUCGCGGCACCACGCCGGCUUCGUUUGUGAGCGGAGCGUCAUCUGCGGCGAACCGCCAAGCUGUAUCCCGCGACGAAGAGAUGGAGAUGGCCGUCCUGGCCGAGGUGGAGCGUGAGAUUUACCAGGGCAUGGAGGUGUUGGAGGAUGCUUUCGAGGCACUUCACCUCAGGGCAGAGGUGGUCCGUACAGCUCUGCGCAACAGAGGGGCCGGUCUUGCCCACAGCCUGCAGAGCCGUCGUCGCAUCGACGUACUCCCCGGGUCCGGAAACUCGCAGUCCUCGGACUACGAGCGCCCCAGAUGGGCCCAGGACGGCUACGACAACAGCGACGACGACUGGAUGGGCGAGGAGUUCGAGCUGGCCCCCGACGAUUCGGCCAGCAACAUCAGCAGCUCACGACACAGACGGCCGAAGCGCCGCACGGAGAGACGGACACCAGCCCCGAUUGAGGAAGACGAUGAGGAAAACUGA